AGUGUUUUGUGCGGACAGAGGAAUCGAAACAUUAGGACUUGAUCAGUGAGCUUUGCUCGAACGGAAACAUCCAUCCUCAAUCUCCAGCUCUGCCACCACCAGCACCACCGAAACAUCGCCCUCAGCCCCCCAGCGCCCACGAUGUCCCGCCGCCCCACCACCUUCCGCGUAGGCAACAUCCCCUCGUCCGCAACCCUCCCGGAGCUCAAGGAUGCGCUCGUGAACGCCAUGGCGGUUGAGGAGUGCGACGCCAUAACCAUCGAGGCAACGAUCGCACCCGCAACCACGCACGCGGACGACGACACCAACACCGCGCUCGUCACAUUCUCGCCGCAAGCGCCCAAGUUCCUGGGCCCAUUGUGCAAAGCCGAAGAUGUUCAGAUCGACACGCCCCUGGGAGAUCUGUCUUUCGAUAAGACGUUCUACGGGCUGACGCAGCUGUAUCCUACCACUCCCGAUAAGCGGAUCGAAGCUGAUAUCGUCGCGGUCACGGGGCUCGACGGCCACGCCUUCGGCUCGUGGCGCGGGAAGGGCGAGCUCGCGCGGAUGUGGCUGCGAGACUUCUUGGCGAAGGAUCUACCGACGUGUCGCACGAUGGCGUACGGGUACAACACGAAGCUGGGACACCAUUCGAUCCAUACGAUUGCCGACUACAAGAUCGAUCUGUUGGAGCAGAUCAAAAAUGCCCGGACUACCCCGGAGCAAAAACGACGGCCGCUGAUCUUUAUCGGACAUAGUUUUGGCGGUAUUGUGACUUUACAGGCGCUGGUCAAAUCCGAAGAAGCCCUGGAAUGGGAUGACGAUCCGGAGACGCACUCCAUCUACCAAGCCACCAAAGCCGUCAUGUUCUUCGGUACACCGCACCACGGCCUCCCGACUGACGACAUCCUCAGCAUGAUCGACGCCAAAAACAACGGCGAGCGCGCGGAGCUCGUCAAGUCCAUCGGUGUCGGCUCGCCGGUGCUCUCGGAGCACCUCACCAAGUUUGGGCAUUUUGCCGACAGGCUCAAGAUCUUCAAUUUCUACGAGCGGCAGAAGACAAGGGCCAUCGACAUAACGGAUGGCCGACCAGCGCGAACAGGCGACUACAUAAUCCCGGUGGACACAGACUCGGCGCUGCUGAACCUGCCCUACGUACAGGAGACCGCAAUCCCCGUCGACGGCGACCACAGCACGAUGGUAAAGUUCAACAGCCAGACCGACCGCACCUACAAGACGAUCCUGUCGCACCUGCGGACGCUGCUGAAGUCGCUUGCGGACGACGUGCCGCCCGUACCCUCGGCCACACAGACCUACACGCCCAUCCCGCCCGGCCCCAAGGCUACCAAAGACCUCAUCGACGCUGUCACCCGCUGGGACGCGGCAAACGUUCGCAUGAUGCUCGAGUCCGGCGUCUCGCCUAACGUGCGGGAUUUGAAGGGUGUCACCGUGCUGCAUCAUGCCGCGAGAACGGGCGAUGAGGAGAUUGUUACCAUGCUCGUGAAGAAGGGCGCGGAUACUAAUGUGAGGGACUUUAAGAUGAAGACGCCGGGGGAUUAUGCGCGUUCCGCUGGGCACGGGGGGCUGGCGGGGAGGCUGAUGGCGGGUAUGUUGUGAGGCGUGCGGAAUAGGGAUAGCGGCAGGAGUAAUUUACCUAGUGUAGGCAGUUACGGUAGCUAUUUAUCACGUCUUAUGUCGCUGAAGACUGUACGGAUCGGGUUUUGGAGAUGAAAUGUCACGC